CCGCCCGCCCCGGAUGUUGGGUUUAUUUUCUGUAAUUAGACACGAAGGUGUGUUGAAGUGUCACAAGCGCGUCUCAGCUGUGUUUAAACUUUACUAAGGACGAAACGACCUAGACUCGUUUGACGCUCAUAGAGAAGCAAUCUGUUCCUGGUUAUUAUACGAUCCCAACUUGCAAGCAUCUAUUAAAAACCUGGAUGUGAUAUUUUGGACGAUAUAAACAGCUCCAUCUUGCGGACCUGAUGGGACAGAUGGGAGUAAGGAUGCUUCACAGGAGUCUGCUGCAGGCUGCGUGGCUGUGUUGUCUGUUGGCUGUUCAGGUGCACAGCUGUCCAGAUGCCUGCAGUAAGUGUUCAGGCCCCAAAAACGACCAGUGUAAGGAGUGCAGAGCGGGAUGGAUACUUCAUAAUAACACCUGUGUAGAUGUUGAUGAGUGCGGCACUGAGCUGGGAAUCUGUCCUACCAACACCUACUGCUUCAAUACUGAUGGGUCCUUUGAAUGCAGAGACUGUGACUCAGCCUGUGUGGGCUGUAUGGGUAGCGGACCAGCACGCUGCAGGAAAUGUGCCUCUGGGUACACACUGACAGGGCCCAAGUGUUUGGACAUAGAUGAAUGUAGUGACAGGGUGCUCGCCUGUCACGGUCUGGAUGAGAUCUGUACCAACACAGAGGGCUCUUUCCGCUGUGACUGUGCUGAAGGAUUCAUCCGUAGGGACGGUGUCUGUGUGAAGAAGCAGCAGCCUCGCGUUUCUCCUGUGCAGGAGAAAGGUCUGUUUGAGGAUAUCCAGGACGACGAGGUGGAGGUGCUGCAGCAGAUGCUCUUCGGGGUGGUGCUGUGCGCUCUGGCCACACUGGCUGCGAAGGGAGAUAUGGUCUACACAUCUGUAUUCAUGGGAGCAGUGGCAGCCAUGGCAGGGUACUGGCUCUCUGACAGGGGAGACCGUUUGUUAGACAGCUUCCUCAAGACUUAAACAUUUCAAGUGGCGCUGCUCGGCGAGGCUUUAAACAAUCACUGCUCAGACAAAGCAGGUGAAUCUUGUGCAUUUACUGUACUUGCAUUAUGGACAAUAUAAGUCAGUGAUAUAAAGUUGUGGCCUGAAAGGUGUUUAUCAGUGUCACUUCUCUAUAUGUAACAGAAAGUAUCAUGGCAAUCUUUUAACAAUGGCUGUACCACCAUGAAAUAAUACCAAACUUUAUUUAUAUUUAUAACGUGAAGGAUUGAUAAUGAUUCAUUUUCUCAGAGUUUUUAGACGUAGCAGAGCAAAAGGAGUAUAGACAUUUAUUCCUGACAUUGUAAAUAGUAUUUCAACAAAGCUAAAUUCAAGGUCUAUUUACCAGCUUUGUCUGAAGCAUGUGAACUGUAUUUCACUGUGGUUUGCUUUGUUGUCAUCACAAACUGCCAUCACUGAUGCAGACUGCAAGAUGCAGUUAAAGUUUAUCGGUUAAAGAGUAAGAAAAAGACUUUUGUACGAUUGUCCGGCUGUUAUAUUUUCCUGUACGGAGCUGGAAGUGAGCCUUAAACAUCUUCUGCUUUUUAAAGUUUUCAAGUAGCAACCUUGUUCUGGCAUUUGGAGCCACAAACAAACAGUGUUGUCAAUUGUGUCUUGAUGAAAGAAAAAUGUACAGCUUGCUUGAAUGUUUGUGCAGAAACUGUGUUUUAGAUUUGCGUUUGAUACUGUAUCAAUGACACUAAUUGCACUCUCUAAAUAUAAACUUGUAUCAUGUCAAAUGUAGCAUAUAGUAACAUUUUUAAUGCCCCUUUUCUCCAUAUGCAUAUUUGUCUUUAGAAUAUAAAUCGCUGAAAUAAAUAUGUCCUUUGUUAU